AACAACAUCCUUUGUAGUUAAAAGCAUUCCCUUCGAAAUUUGAUAAUCUUGAUUGGUAGUCCUUUUUUAUUCCAUAAAUUGUUUAAAUAAAAGGUGUUCUUUGAGCUGUUAAGAGUCUUGAAAUUGCAAUAUUGGAGCGGUUUACUUAAAAGAAGUUUAUGCUUUGAAAGUGAAUUCGGUUAGAAAGAUUACUGAAUACGGAAAGAUACCAUUGUUAUCUAUCACCUGCUUGAGAUUCUGCGUCCAUUACUUCGUUCAAUUUUCUAGAAUUGCUAUUAUUUAACUAAUUUACUAUGGGUAGCUUAUUAGACUGGUUAAUUCAUUUCCCUCCUUUAUUAUGGGGUUUGGAGCAAGUUGAGGAAGUUGCCAUUCGUGCACUUAAGCAUGGGAAAAUUCCUCAGCACGUCGCGUUUGUCAUGGAUGGAAAUCGUCGGUGGGCGCGUGAACACCGCGUGGAGACUAUUGAAGGUCAUAGUUUAGGUUUCGAGACUUUGAAGAAUCUUCUUCGAGUCUGCCUGAAGAUGGGUGUCAAGGAAGUAUCUACAUUUGCAUUUUCUAUCGAAAAUUUUAAACGUUCGAAGCAUGAAGUAGAUGCUCUAAUGGAUAUCGCCAAGAAUAGUCUCAAUCAAAUUACCGCUCAUGGGGACAUGGUGGAUCAGUAUGGAAUUCGAAUUCGUAUUGUCGGUGAUCUAGCUCUUCUUAAACCAGAUGUUUAUGAAACUGUCGUGAACGUUGUCGAAUCAACAAAGAAUAAUACUAGGGCUACUUUGAACGUUUGCUUUCCAUAUACUUCCCGUCACGAAAUAUCUAACUCUGUGCAAAGCAUUGUUCAUUUAGCAGAAGACGGAAAAUUAGUGCCAGAGGAUAUCGAUGAAAGUUUAUUCGAGAAACACCUUCUUUUGAAUGAUAGCCAUCCUCUUGACUGGUUGAUCCGCACCAGCGGUGUUGAGCGUCUCUCGGAUUUUCUGCUAUGGCAGGUCCACGAGGAUUCCCAAAUUAGCUUCAUCGAUAGUUAUUGGCCUGACUUUUCUAUUUGGCGUUUUUUUCCAAUGCUCAUCCGCUACCAACUACAAAGUCAACAGGGAGAAUAAAAUAUUGUCUCUAUUUACGUUCUGUCCCAUACUCACUACUUCCCUUCCUUUCUUUCUUUUUACCUCUGAUUAGUAAUUUACUGCCUGUUCUUAUAUUGACGUCCAAUUGUAUGAUGGAAAAUCUGCGAUAUUUAUUCUUACAUUUUACAUUAUGAAUCACGACCAAAAAAGUUAACAACUUCUAAAUAUGCCUGAUUCUCUCUUUGCACAGCUGCAACGCACCGAUUGUCAUCAUAAUGGACUUGCCAGAUGCCUGAAACAUCCGUUAAUAGAAACUUAAGUAGCUUUCCUGUUUUUAUGUCCCAUAAUUUUAAAGAUCCGUCAUUGCUACUAACAAUCUUGUGUUCAUCAGCUUGUAAAGUUCGUAUAUAUCCACCGUUCGCGUACAUUACCAUUUGCUG